AGUCUGAGGUGAAAGGUCAUGAUGCUAUUUGGCGGCCAUUUCUCUUAAAGCCCUGUGUGGCUACCUCAGUUUCGAGGGUCUCACGACAGUUGCGUCGGCGGCGAGUAGCCUACAGCGUUUCCCCACUCCUGCUGCAGUAGUCGCGAUGAGUUUGCCCCUCAACCCCAAACCUUUCCUCAACGGAUUAACAGGAAAGCCGGUAAUGGUGAAGCUUAAAUGGGGAAUGGAGUACAAAGGCUACCUGGUGUCUGUAGAUGGCUAUAUGAACAUGCAGCUUGCAAACACAGAAGAAUACAUAGAUGGAGCAUUGUCUGGACAUCUGGGUGAAGUUUUAAUAAGGUGUAAUAAUGUCCUUUAUAUCAGGGGUGUUGAAGAAGAAGAAGAAGAUGGGGAAAUGAGAGAAUAGCAUCUUUGGGGGGGAAUUUUUUAUAUAUAUUUGUAGACAAUAAAAAUCUGUUUGGUUUUCAA